UUUCUGAGGGCCGGCAGAUAAGUUUAUAUGAAUAUUUAUUGAUUUAUUUCCUAAACUCAGCAGGGGAGCCGCAAAUAAAUUUAGUGCUUUCUUUAAAUAAUUCCCUUUCUAAGAGGCAAGAUGUCAUUCGAAACUUUUAAAUAGGCAUUUAAUUAGCCUGUGUGUGUUGCCUCUGAACAAAACCCUGCUGGGAGCCUUUGGAGCUGUAUUCCAAAGAGGCGGUCAAUAUGCAAAAUUGAUGACUACACUUUCUUUGUGGCGGGGCCAUUGUGCCCCGGUUGCUUAUGAAGUCUAAUCCAAUCAUAAAUUGCAGUCCCGGACCAAUGGAGAAGCCCGGAGCUCACCCUGAAUGAAGCUCAAGUGGAGAACUUUGUUGAACCCCAUUGUUGGGGCUGUCACUUUUGAAAGAGCCCCAGCGGGGCUGACCAGUAUAAAACCCACCGUCCAGGAGGAAGGGGCAGAGAGAACCCCGACAGGCUCGCUGUAGCAGGAUCUUUACUAGAAGGGGUUUCAAAGCAGAAAACAAAAAGCAGACAGACAAAUAAACAAACAGGGGAGAGGCCCCGACCCCGCUCCGCGGACGGCCCCGGUGAUGAUGUUCCCUAGCCUCAUCGCUCCACCGGCCGUGUACCCCAGCCUCCUCCGGCCGACCCCAACCCUCACCCUGCCGCAGUCGCUGCAGUCCGCUUUUUCCAGCCAUUCCAGCUUCCUGAUAGAAGAUUUGAUCCGGAUCAGCAGGCCCACCAGCUACCUGCCCACCAGGACUGCUCCCCCUGCCAGCAUGUCCCCCCCCGCCGCGGCGGCCAGGACGGACUCGGGCACUCCGGAGCUGACCAACCCAGCCGCCGGCUCCAGGAGGAUCUGCUCGCCACAGACUUCCAGCAGCGACUCCACUUUCCUCAAGUUUGGAGUCAACGCCAUCCUCUCCUCUGCUCCCCGCGCCGAAACUUCUCCUGCGUUGCUCCAGAGCGUCCCUCCAAAGACUUUUUCCUUCCCGUACUUUGAAGGAUCCUUCCAGCCCUUUAUCCGAUCUUCCUAUUUCCCAGCUGCCUCCACCGUGGUCCCCAUCCCCGGCACCUUCUCCUGGCCACUGGCCGCCCGUGGCAAACCCCGGCGGGGCAUGCUACGUCGAGCUGUCUUCUCCGACGUGCAGCGCAAGGCACUGGAGAAGAUGUUCCAGAAGCAGAAGUACAUCAGCAAACCUGACAGGAAGAAGCUGGCAGCCAAGCUGGGGCUCAAGGACUCACAGGUGAAGAUCUGGUUCCAGAACAGGAGGAUGAAGUGGAGGAACUCCAAAGAAAGAGAGCUCCUAUCUUCUGGUGGCUGCAGAGAGCAGACCCUACCUACCAAGUUCAACCCUCACCCAGACCUCAGUGAUGUAGGCAAGAAAUGUUCAGGAGAGGAGGAAGAGGAAGAAGAAGUUCUCCCUGUGUGCUCACCCAGCCCCCAGCAUCCCUUAAGCUACCACCAGUCCCCAGAACAUCUACACUUGAGGGACAGACUGGACUCCCACAUGUCUCCUUCUCCAUCCCAUUCUAGCAGUCCCAGCAAACCUUCAGACUUCUCAGACUCAGAGGAAGAGGAUGAUGAAGGCGAAGUGGAAGAAGAGGAGAUAACAGUCUCUUAAAUCACCUGCUUGCCCCAACCAUCACAUGUGGUCAUUGCAAAGAUUUGAAUAAAAUCAAGUGCUAUAAAUUGAAGAGGUGAUGUCCCACCCAAUCGUCCACAUGCUUCACCAGUGCAGGUUCUUUAUCACAUAGCUGCAAGACUUCCUACUUAUGGGUAUUCCUUACUCUUUGCCCCAUGUGGAGGUUAUCAUAUUCAUAACAUCUGCUACCAUUUUUAUAACGCUGGCUGCUUUAUAAUCAACAUAUGCUCAAUAACCCUUCUCCCCAAACCAGGCAUCAGCAGCUCCUUGCUUCAUGGCAGGGAGGAAAGUGUAGCCUUUUGGGAGGGAAACUCCCUGCUCCCCUCAGAUAAGAAACAACAAAAAAUACAAUAUAGAUGUUGUGGCCAUUUUUACUGCCUUUCAAGUGAAUUUCCAACUACUAUUAAGAUUUCAAAGACCCAGGGACUGGUCUGAUGUCG